AUGACACUAACAGAAUAUGUGGCGUCUUUGUCACAAAACCCAUACUUUGGGGCUGGUUUUGGCUUGUUUGGAAUUGGUGCGGGAGCGGCUAUUUUAAGGAAAGGAUUCCAAACGUCUAUGAUCCUAUUUCGAAGACAUUGUAUGAUAACUCUAGAGGUACCGUGUCGGGACAAGUCCUACCAGUGGUUGUUACAUUGGAUCACACAAAAGGGUGCAAAACAAACACAACAUCUUAGUGUGGAAACAUCAUUUUUACAAAAGGAUACAGGACAGAUAAAAACAAAAUAUGACUUUAUACCUAGCGUCGGCCAACAUUUCUUUAGAUAUGGCGGUACAUGGAUAAGAGUGGAUAGAACUAGAGAACAACAGACCAUUGAUUUACACAUGGGCAUACCAUUUGAACAUGUCACACUAACCGCUUUUGGACGCAACAAAGAAAUAUAUUACAAUAUCCUUGAAGAUGCUAGAACUAUGGCUCUCAAACAGCAUGAGGGUAUGACAGUCAUGUAUACAGCUAUGGGAUCCGAAUGGAGAACUUUUGGUCAUCCUCGGAAACGACGACCUUUGCAUAGUGUCAUACUGCGAUCUGGUCUCACAGAAAAGAUACUUACCGACUGUCUUGACUUCAUUGACAAUCCCAACUGGUAUACUGAUAGAGGAAUUCCUUACCGAAGAGGUUAUUUACUAUAUGGACCCCCUGGUUGUGGUAAAUCAUCAUUUAUAACAGCUUUAGCAGGACAACUUGAAUAUAACAUAUGUGUUCUAAAUUUAUCUGAAAGAGGACUAACUGAUGACAGACUCAAUCAUCUACUGAGUGUAGCUCCCCAACAAUCAAUAAUUCUUCUAGAAGACAUCGACGCUGCGUUCGUUUCCCGAGAAGACACUCCCAAACAGAAAGCCGCAUUCGAAGGCCUCAAUAGAGUUACUUUUAGCGGGCUCCUAAACUGUUUGGAUGGAGUCGCAUCUACUGAAGCUCGGAUCGUUUUUAUGACCACAAAUUAUUUAGAAAGAUUGGAUCCAGCAUUGAUUAGACCAGGGAGAGUUGAUAUGAAAGAAUAUGUUGGGUACUGUGACCAGGCGCAAGUAGAGCUCAUGUUUCUAAGAUUCUACAAAGAUGCCGGCGAUCACGCUAAAAGCUUUGCUCAAAAAGUUAUGGACUACAAAAAAGAUGUCAGCCCAGCGCAAAUACAAGGCUACUUCAUGUUUCACAAAUAUUCAACACCGGAGGAAGUCCUCACAAAUGUUGGUACUAUAUGGACUCUUGGAUAA